UCGCUGCAUGGUUAAGUCUUCGGCUACGAAUCGUGCACUUGUCUUCGGCAGGGUCUCCAUGGCUGAUGACCACUAUCGCAGAGGUAGUGCUCGGAGAGGAGGGCACUCUCCGGAACGUGGGCGGCGGGACAACUGUGAAUCUUCUAGGGAACGUUAUACGGGUUCCCGCAACUGUAGUCGGGAGGAUAGGAGGGAUGAUCCACCUAGGCGCGGACCACUAGUUUGCUUUGGGUGCCGCGUCACGGGUCAUUACUGCACGGAUUGUUGGCGGUACUGGACGGACCCAGUUGCUCGUCGUCAAAUGGAGGCCGAUGGUUUUGUUUGUCUUCCCGAAUUCAACCGUCGGACGACCACCUCUCCAUCACGUGACUGUGGACCUCCACCGGCUUCUACAGUGCAACCUGCUACUAGCCGCAUCGAUGAACUGGACCGUACGGUCGCAUCCAUGCAGGAAUUCGUGGAGAUGGAAUGCGCACGAAGAGCCGAGCGGGAGCUACAACGGCGUGAACGUGAAGAAGCUAGACGCGCUGAGGAAGCAGCUAGAGCCGCUGAAGAAGAACGCGCAGCACGUAAACUUGAGAAGCAGCGUAGACGUGAGGAAGAGCAAAUGAAGAUGGCUAAAGGGGUUAUUUACUCCACCAAAGUCCAGACCAUCUUUGAUCUCGCCGAUAAGAGUGCUCAGGAGCGAUUCGGCGAUAUCCUGCCAAGCUUCGAUGAUCUGGUCAAAUUGGACGAGGGUUCACCACCCGCAAGUGGUGCGGAUGACAACCUGGGAGGAGUAGCCUGAUGUGGCUUUUCGACUGAUCAAUUGAUUGCCGUUGCUGAGGUAAUUGCGUCUUUCCGGCAUUCCGCCGACGAUGUGUUGGAUAGGAUUUUUAGUUUUUUGGUAUUGGCACUAUCCCCGAGGGGUCGUUUCCGUUGGUUGACUAAGUGUGUAGAUUCCUGGCUUCAACUGUUUCAGCGUUAUGGAUUGGAGUUUUUGGACUUGCCGAGUUGUGUGUAUGUAAUUACGUCCUUGGAGUGCAAGUCUCAAUACGUGGGCCAGACAUCUCGACCACCGCAUGUGCGGUGGAGGGAACAUGUCUCAGUAUUUAGACGGAAUUCU